UGUCACCUGUGUGGUUGUCCCUCUCUGCAUUGUAUCCGGAGAUCAGUCAUGGCAGGGCUGCUCCAGCAUCCUCUCUUUACGGCAGAUUUAUAACUAUACCGUACACCCAAUGGGAGCCCAGAGCUGCGUUUUCCAAAUUCAUCUUGCUGAAAUCCCCUCGACAAAGCAAUGGUCCUAUUUCUGACCAACCCACCAAGGAUGGAUAAGGACAAAGACGACUUAGCCAAGAGGAUAUUAAACCUGACCAUAGAGAUCAUCUAUCUGCUGACUGGUGAGGAUUACACAAUAGUAAAGAAGACAUCUGCUGUGUCAGGGGGUAAGAGCAGGACCCAGAGCCCCAUUAAGGAGAAGAACAAUGAGAACAAGAUCCUAGAUCUCACCAACAAGAUCAUUGAGCUGCUGACUGGAGAGAGUGAAGAUCUAAAAAUUGUAGUAGUACCAGGAGAAGAGACGUAUGUGAGGACCGAUGCGCAAUGUAAAGAGGAGAAAAUUCCUGUAGAUAUCAGCAAAAAUGAACCAAGGGACCGAAAUCCUCCUGAGAGAUGUCCUUUGUAUUCCCAGCAUUUCACAGGAGAAGAUCACAAUGUGUCACAUGAUCAUGAGGAUGAAGAGGUGCUUGAUAUUAAAGUUGAGGAUUUAUCAAGUGAAGAAGAGACAUAUGUGAGGAGUGAUCUCCAAUGUAAAGAGGAGGAAAUCCCUGGGGAUGUCAGCACGGCAGAUAAUUGCAUCAGGAACCCAGAUAAAGGACAAAUUAUUUUAUUUCCAGAUUACAAAGUAGAGGAUCCUGAUAUCAGUCAAGAUAUAAAUGGAGAACGGACUUCUGGCCCAAAAAUACCCCCAGUCCUUUACAGCAGAGAUUCAUGGGAAAUAGUCCCCUGUUCUGAAUGCAGGAAAACUUUUACAAAGAAUCCUUCUCUGGAUAAGAGGACUCCCCAUACAGCGCAGUCAUGUUCACAAUGUGAAAAAUGUUUUAUUCGAAAAUCUACUCUUGUAGGACAUCAUAGAGUUCACAUUGGCAACAAGUUAUUUUCAUGUUCAGAGUGUGGAAAAUAUUUUUCACGUAAACAUCAUCUUGAACAACAUCAGAGGACUCACACAGGGGAGAAACCAUUUUCGUGUUUACAGUGUGGGAAGUGUUUUUCACGCAAACAUCACCUUGAGACGCAUCUGAGAAUUCACACAGGAGAAAAGCCAUUUUCAUGUUCAGAAUGUGGUAGAUGCUUUGCACAGAAAUCAGUUCUUACUGAACAUGAAAAAAUUCACACAGGCGAGAGACCAUUUUCAUGCUCGGAAUGUGGAAAAAAAUUUGCCCAGAAGUCCGUCCUUGUUGAACACCGGAGAACUCACACAGGGGAGAAACCAUUUUCAUGCUCGGAAUGUGGAAAAUGUUUUACUCGGAAAGCAACUCUAUCUGAACAUCAUAGAAUACAUAUACUGGGUAAACCAUUCUCAUGUUUGGAGUGUGGGAAAAAAUUUGCCCACAAAUCAGUUCUUGUUACCCAUCAGAGAAUUCACACAAGAGAAAAACCAUUUUCAUGCUCAGAAUGUGGGAACCAUUUUGCUCGAAAAUCAAUUCUUAUUGAGCAUCUGAGAAUCCACACAGGGGUGAAGCCCUAUUCAUGUUCUGAAUGUGGUAAACUUUUUAAACACAAUUCAAGUCUUUCCAUACACAAAAGAACUCACAAGGAUGAGCGGCCAUAUUCAUGUUCUGAAUGUGGGAAAUGCUUUACGCAAAAAUCUGUUCUUGUAGAACAUAAAAGAAUUCACACGGGAGAGAAACCAUUUUCAUGUUUAGAAUGUGGGAGAUGUUUUGCCCAAAAAUCUGCUCUUGUUAAACAUGAGAGAACUCACACAGGAGAGAAGCCAUAUCUCUGUUUGGAAUGCGGAAAAAGUUUUACCCAGAAAUCUUCCCUUGUUAAACACCAAAGAAGUCACACAGGACACAAGCCAUUUUCAUGCUCAGAAUGUGGGAAAUGUUUUACCCACAAAUCGGAUAUUAUGAGACAUGAGAGAACUCACACAGGAGCAAAGCCAUUUUCCUGUUCAGUGUGCAAAAAACAUUUUAAUCAUAAGUCAGAUUUUGUUCAUCAUCAGAGAAUUCAAAAAGGGAAAAGGCCGUUUUCAUGUUCCGAAUGCGGGGACUGCUUGACUCUAAAAUACGGGCGGAUUAGUUCCGGACAGGGGGCAGUGUUACAGAAGCAAAUCCUCCUCAUCUUGCUUGGUCCUAUAAUGACAGAUGACAGAAAGGAAACAGCCGAGAGAAUAAUAAACUUCGCCCUGGAGAUCAUCUGCCUGCUGACCGGAGAGGACUACACACUAGUGAAAAAAACAUCUGGAGAGUGUGGCUCACCAAGUAGCCGUCCCUGUGUGUCACCAGAAUGGAGUAAAUCCCUGAGCUCCAUCAUGGAGCCUACAUCCUAUUCACUGAUACAAGAGAAGAUCCUAGAUCUCACCAACAAGAUCAUUGUGCUGCUGACUGGAGAGGAUGAAGAUUUAUUAAAUGUUAAAGUUGAAGAACUGGAGGUAGAAGAAGAAGAAGAGACAUAUGCAAGCAGCAGUCAGCAGUGUAAGGAGGAAGAAAUUCCUAUAGUUAUCAGCCCUGAUGUACCAAGUGACAGCAGUCCCCCAGAGACUUGUUCAAGUCCUAUGUUUUCCCAGUGCUGGCAAGAGGAGAUUCACAUUACUGCACAGGAUCGUCAGGAUGAAGAUAUGAAUACAUUUAAAGUUGAGGGUAUACAGAGUACAGAAGAGACCUAUAUGAGUGAUGAGCAGUGUAAAGAAGAGGAAAGUCCGGUACAUAUAACCCCAGAUGACUGCAGCAGGAACAACGGAGGACAGAGCCCCCUAUCACCAGAUAAUGGAGCUGAAGAUAUCACACAAGGUAAAUGUAGAGAACACCUCGUCAUUUCCAAUAUAUACCCAGCCCUUCACAGUAGAGAACAAACAUCCGAUCCUUUCAAUCACAAGGAACAUUUUCCUGAUCCAUCACCAAUCGUUAAUGAAAGUGCAGAUCACGGAGCAGGUAAAAUAUUUACAUGUUCUGAAUGUGGAAAACAUUUUAAGAAGAACUUGAGUCUUUCUAUGCACAAGAGAAUUCACAAUGAUGAGCGGCCAUAUUCAUGUACAGAAUGUGGGAAAUGUUUUACGAAGAAAUCUAUUCUUGUGGAACAUCAGAGAAUCCACACAGGGGAGAAACCGUUUUCAUGUUCAGAAUGUGGGAAAUGUUUUACCCAGAAAUCAUCCCUUGUUGAACAUCAAAGAAUUCAUACAGGGCAGAAGCCCUUUUCAUGUGCAGAAUGUGGGAAAUGUUUUACUCAGAAAUCAGUUCUUGUUAAGCAUCAAAGAAGUCACACUGGGCAUAAGCCAUUUUCAUGUUUGGAAUGUGGGAAAAGUUUUACCCAGAAUUCAGAUCUUGUUAAACAUCAGGUAACUCACACAGGGGAGAAGCCAUUUUCAUGUUUGGAUUGUGGUAAAUGUUUUGCACGUAAAGACUAUCUCGAGAGACAUCAGAGAACUCACAGAUUCAAGAAGCCAUUUGGAUGUUCAGUAUGUGGGGAAUGUUUCACACACAUAUCAAAUCUUGUUGACCACCAUAAAAUUCACAUGUGGGAGGGGUCAUUUUCAUGUUCAGAAUGUGGGGAAUGUUUUACGCACAUAUCAGAUCUUGUUGACCAUUAUAGAAUUCACACUCAGGAGAAGUAGUUUUCAUGUUCCAAAUGACAAAAAUCGAUUCAUUUACUGAAUAUUGAAAUGUUAAAGGGGUUAUCCAGGAAUGGAAAAACGGCUUAUUUCUUCCCAAAACAGCACCACACCUGUCCUAAGGUUGUGUGCAGUAUUACAACUUGGCUCUUUUCACUUCAAUGGAAUUGAGCUGUAAUACCACACACAAUCAGAUGUCGUGCUGUUUUUCUAAUCCUGUAUAACCUCUUUAAAUCCUGAAAUCAACUCAAAUUGUUGUAUAUUAGAAAAAUAACACAGGAAGAUGCUAUUUUCAUGUUCAAAUGUUAUCAUAAAAUCAGAUGAUAGUCAGAGAAUUUCCACCAGAGACUAUUCUCCUAUAAAGCAGCUGUCAGUAAAAGUUUUUUCUGCAUGUUUUUGCCUAAUUUAUUGCCGAAUGACGUAAUAAAGAUGGUAAAUGUUUUGU